AUGGACACCCUUGAUAUAUCUCACAAGUUUGAUAAAAUGCAAAAUGAGAUUCCAACAGAUCUCACAGCACCUGAAGACUUCAAUCGGGGUAAAAGUCCUCAUCCAACUUUACAUCAAACACAUCCAGAGCCUCUCGAUCAUGGGAUACUAGGCAUGAUCACUUCAAAAGAUCCAAUUUUUGGACAAGAUCAAAUAUACCAUAACACAUACACAAUCCCAGGAGACUCAUGUAACAGUGACUUAUUGGGCUCUUGGACCUUGCAGAAAUCCCAUUCAACAAAUGCCUUGCGGGGACUUUCUGAUGAAAAUCACCAACAUUCAAUAAAAGAUAUGUUUUUGGCAGCUCCGCACAAAAAGAAAUUAAACAUGGGGCAUCUACCAAAAUAUGAAUAUCAUCCAGGUGCACAAUGGGGAAAUGAUCUGAGACAGAGUUCAGCAAAUCUCCCAAGCUCAGAUAUUUGGAAACCUUGUGGUCCAUCAGAGCUACAAAGCAUUUAUUCUCCAAGAUUGAAUUCCUUACCUGAACAUCUCUCAGUGGAUGGUUAUAAUGGUCUUUUUCAAAACCAACACUUCUACCCAUCUGCGACAGAACCCACACAUCUUCUCCUUAAUCCAUCAUAUUGGGUAGACAGCACAAUCCAUAGAAUGGCACAUCUGGAUAGUUUAUAUAUUCCUCAAGAAAAUAUUCCGCAGGUCAAUCCAAUAUAUAAUUUCCCAAUGCCUACAUCCUCAAACCCAGUGAGAUUGGAGGGCUCAAACCACAAUCUUUUCUUACAGGGAACACCAGGAGAGCAACAAGUGUCUCAUUUGAUUGAACCUCAAAACAAUCAUGAUAUAGUUACUAUACCCCAAUCUGUAUCCAAAAGAUUAUGUCUCAAUUUGGUGGAAAAUUCAAAGCAAAGUAAAAACCAUCCACUGUCACCAACAGAAUGGCAGAGAAAUGUAUUGGAAGGUAGUAGUCAUCAAGAAAAAUACCCCUUUCCAUCCACAAUUGAGGCCCAACACAUGACUCCUGAAACCAGACCUUCAGGUGCUGAUGCUCCAGCUGCCUCGUCAUCUCUGCUUGCCACAGCUGAGGAUAUAUCUGAAAGUAUACCAGGGCCCAUAGUUCCUCAUUACACAGGAUCCAAGGAUACACAGCAGGGCAAUAAUCUAAAGAAAAGGAAAAAGUCUAUGUUAAAGUCAAAUGAUCAGCCCAAUCUAACAGUAUCUAUGACAGAAAAUUUGGAGGAAUCUAAUGAUGGUGGCCCUGAUAACAGAGGUAUUGACACUUUUGACAAGUAUCCAAUAGAAGCUUUUGUAAAUGAUAGAAACUUCCAUAGCAAGUUGGUUAAGUCAAUAAAGCUGUUUAGUGAAUCAAAAAAUCUUGAAUUAAAGACAUACAAUCCAAAAAGCUUGAUUUUUGUUAAAGACCUAAAAAAUGAGGUAGUAAAAUCAACUGAUAUAGAUUUUUGGCCUCAGAUUCACAAGGCAUACAAAACAUUGACUGUGCCUUUCAUUGGAAUAUUGUUGAUCUUACAUCCUCAAACCUAUACUGAAGCAAAUCUUGAGGAUGAACUGAUUCAAGAUGGAACCAAAUUCAUGCAAACAUUUUUUUCUCAGUUGUACAGAGUAGGUCUUGAACAUGAGGUCAAAGGAUGGGAAACAAACUUUCACAAGUGUUUUGAUAUAUCUAAACCUUCUAAUUUACUUCAUUAUACUACAAAGUUAUCUCACCCAUCACGUAUUACACUGAAAUUACUUUGGAGUUUAUGGAAAAGAUGGUUUAGGGGUUCUACUUACCAAGACAAAAUCAUUGUCUCAGGACUUGACAAUUUUGCUAUACUUAUCCAGAGGAAUAUCUUGAAGUUGAAGCCCCUGACUGGUGUCAGUACAUUUGAAGCACCAUUGAAUAACUUCCAAAUAAAACAUAACAGAAGAAUCCUUGGAAAAGCUAGUAAGAGUGGAAAUUUUACAUGGAGAGCUUUAUACCGCCCAGCAAUUCAUAUUGGGAAAGAACAUUAUGAAAUGUUAACACUGCGGGAGGACUCAGAUGAAUUUUUUGAUCAGUUGAAUGAAGCACUAAAGUCCAAAGAUGUGCCCAAUAAUCCCAGAUUUGAUUCAAAAGGCAUACACAUUGCAGAUGUGUUUGUGAGGAAGCUGUAUAAUGAGCUUACCCCAUGCUUCUUUGGGAGUCUUGUGGCUAUGCAUUCAAAUAUUGAACAUGGUCAGCUCUUGGAAGACUUGAUUGAUGAUGGCUGGAAAUAUCUCAGGAGUUUUCUCAACUUACUCAAAGGUUCAGUCUCUAGGAAAGAGCUUGAGGGCAUUGACACCAUGGAAAAGCAGGCUCUUGAUAUGUGUUUAUCAUUCUUUUCAAAUGGUUGCCGUUCAAAAGAUUUCUCUUUUGAAAACAUCCUGGCAUUGUUGACUUCCUGGUUUAAUAAAUCUUCAUAUCCAAACAAGAAGAUGGUAAGAGAGGUAAACAAUGGAUGGUACCUUCUUGAGAUGAUACACAAUAAAUAUCAAGUCCUGAUCACAUCAAUGAGGUAG